UUACUACAGUCCCCGUGUUCAGUAGAUAUUGUUGAACAAAAUCUUUCUUCCUUUCUCUUUGUGCAUCACUUUUUCUUUGUCUUCCCUCACUCUUCUCCAUUUCCCUCCCUUCACUCUGAAGUCUGAAUUGUGGUGUGUAAAAGUUUCAGGCCUCAUUGAAACAGGAAACAGUGUGUGAGGUGAAUAUAAAAAAAAGCCCUCCUGUCACAUCUCUCCACUCAGAUGUACUAUAGAUCACUCUGCUCUGCUACACGUACAGAGCCUCUACCUACCACCGCUGGCUCCUUUCCUCUUGGAACACAAAAGGAGAACACUCUGUCUUCAUUAGAGCCUAAAGAAGUCUCACACAGACUCUCAUACACACAUCCUACGCUCGUUCCACAUGUGAAGACUACCAGCAGCGUGCAACUCCCAGACCCACUGGACUCUUCUGCCCUCUGGGCCGCACCCCAGUCCUUGUGCUAGUCUACUGUGGUACUCUACAGCUCUGACACCAACUCACACCACAGCAUCAGAAGACUGACGUUCACCAGUGCCACAACAGGGAAAUGCUAGUCCUCUGGUGACCCAUAAGAGCUCCACAUCGCCAUGGGCAGUGGGCCCAGUAAAGAGCGUCGGGGAUCCACCACUCAGGCAGCCUUGCUGGGCCAGGAAGAGCCCGCUGAGUCAGUCAUACUGGAGAGCAGCAAGUAUAUGGUAGUGGCCCUGUAUAACUAUCCCACUGGUCACUCAGCACACUGCCGCAUCAAAGCUGGAGAGAGACUCAACGUGCUUUCAGACGAGGGGGAGUGGUGGAAGGUGAGAUCCUCUGCCACAGGCAAUGAGAGCUACAUCCCCAGCAACUACACAGCCAAGGUGUACCACAGGUGGCAGUAUGAGGGUCUCAGCCGAGAGAAGGCUGAGGAGCUCCUGUUUCUGCCCUACAACCAGGCUGGCUCUUUUCUGGUCCGGGAGAGUGAGACCCACCCUGGUGCCACCUCCCUGUCAGUGCGUAAGAGCAGUGACCAGGAUCGUCUCUCAGUCAAACACUACCGGAUCCAACAACUGGAGAAUGGCUGGCUCUACAUCUCCCCCUGCCUCACCUUCCCCAACCUCAGAGCUCUGGUGGACCACUACUCAGAGGUCCGUGAUGGGCUAUGCUGCCUGCUAGGGGAGCCCUGCUUCAUCCAGGGGUCCAACAACGUUCCUGUGGUUACUGGCCCACUCCCCAUGGCUGUCAGGAAGCCCACCCUCAACUGGAAAGAUAUGGACAGCUCCAUGAUUUUUGGCAAGGACAAUGAGGAUUCCCUGGUGAGCGAGGGAUUGAAGGAGGCCAUCAAAUCCUACCGCUUCAUGACAGAGGACUGCAAAGGCUCCAGCCACAAAUGGGACAGCUGAGCAUGGAUCUGGCAUCAUAACGACAGGGAGAUACUCAGACUAAAACAGACCAUAAGAUGGAGAGCUUCACAUCAAGCCGCUCAUUAAAGCUGAGGCAAUCCUGAGGACCAGACAUUCUGGCCAUGAACCCAAUGGAUCUCAUUAAAGGAAUGUUGUUAGGGGAACUGGAAAUCACAACUCAACCACUGCAGAGAACCAUGUUUCUCAAAGCUAUGGUUGUAGAGUGCUCAACAUUACAUUGCCAAGCAGCUGAGGCCAAUCUUUGCUUGGAUUCAUGACCAGAAUAAAUAUUUAGAUCCUGGAGGCAGACUUUGCUAGACUUAACAGAAAGUAGUUUGAAAGUGAGAUAUACAGCCUUAUGAAAGUGAUCCCGUAUCAUCAAUAAACAGACUAUUUGGUUGGUUUUGUUGAAGUACGCUACCUUGAAAACAACUAAGGAACUGUGAGGUAUAAGAAUUAGUCUGUUUGAUUUAUGCGUUUCCUGUCCUGAACAUUAACACCUUUUAGCUGUUGCUUGUUCUCCUCCGCAUCACAGUCUUGACUUUGGCACAGGAAAUGGUCAAGGUGCAGUGGAAAGCACGAUGGUGUGGCAGAGACAGCAGAAAGUUGAGGUAGUGGUAAAGAGCAUCUCAAAGUUAUGUAAAAUAUUAUCUUAUGAGGUUUCAUCAGCUGAAACAAUGCACUGUAGUAUAUAUAAUGUUAAUAUCGAGUUUCCUGAUGUUUUUGGGUGGGUGGAAAUGUAUUUUUUAUUUUGUUUAACUAUUCUACAUUAAAAUGUUGCAUUCAGUAAAA